AUGGAAAUCCUUUAUGCUCUGCCAAUGUCUUUGACAGAGAAAGACCCUGGGGGUUGCUCGCCAGUGUUAGAGGUUGAAUAUGCAGCAAAUGCACCAGAUCCGACAACUAAACAAUCGGAAAACUUGGUUUACGUGGAUGAUGAAGAGCCCAAGUUGCAUAUGUCGACAUACGUCGCGCUUGCAGCUAUGUUCCUACUAAACCUUGUGCAAGUUUUUGGCCUGAUGGGCCCUCCAGCAGCGCUUUCGUUUAUUGAAGCCGAUUUGAAGAAUACGGCAGCCGGUACUUGGGUUCCGAACUCUCUUUCGCUAGUCCAAGCCGUCUUGGCCCCUCUUAUAUCCUCCGCCUCGGAUACAUUUCAAGCACGCAAGGAACUUUUAGUUGGACCUGCAGUUAUAGCAUUCGUGGGAGCUGCGAUUGCCCCAGGUUCUGCUAGCAUAUAUCGACUUAUUGGUGCUCAGAUUUUGAUUGGGUUUGGCUUCGCUACUGUGCCUCUGGCAUACUGUGUCCCAAGCGAGAUUCUUCCUCGAAAAUGGCGGCCUAUGGCCCAAGCGGGAAUGAACGUCGCUGCAGCUUUAGGCGCAUGCUCGGCGCCGCUAAUCAUCGGUGCCUUUACUAAAGCAAAUUCCCAUACUGGAUGGCGGAACUUUUAUUGGCUUCAAAUGGGACUUUGGGGGCUAACUGCAAUAUGCUUAUUCUUUGGCUAUAAGCCUCCCAAGCGCCAUACGGACUUCGAUCAUUUAUCAUUGACACAGAAGAUCGCACGUCUUGACUUGCCGGGAUUUAUGCUUCUCACCGCUGGUAUAACUCUGCUUUUGACUGGCUUGAAUCUUGGAGGUGGGUUAUAUGCAUGGGCUUCAGCUCCUGUGCUAUCCACUAUUAUCAUCGGUAUUCUAUGCCUUUUCUCAUUUGGAAUUUACGAGUGGAAGGCUACGACGACGGGAAUUCUCCACCAUGAAUUGUUCCGUGGAGGCAAAACUGGAGGACGCACAUUCGCUCUAUCCGUCGGACUCAUCUUUAUUGAAGGAAUCUUGCUUUUUUCAUACACAAUCUUCUACCCAGCCCUAACCACAGAAUUAUUCACCAAAGACGCAUUUUUGCUAGCGGCCCGGGAACAGCCCUUCUGGAUCGCAGGUGGAAUCGGCACAGUCAUAUAUGGAUACGUGAGCACUAGGUUCCGGUCGAUUCGAGCUCCACUGUUCAUCGGGUUUCUACUCCUCACAGCGGGCGUUGUCGGGCUUGCUACAAUUCAACCCAAGGACGAAAUAAGUGUAUUGGCCUUUUCAGGCCUCGCGGGGCUUGGAUUUGGCUCUCCUCUUAUACUUCUGAUUGCCGCUGUGCAGUUAUCAACACCGCAUCAUCUGAUCGCAACCGCAACCGCCGCCACGACCUGCUCUCGAGCAAUAGCUGCCACCGUUUUCACUGCUAUUUUUUCCGCUGCAUUUAAUGCUCGGGCUCAAAAGUUUAUUCCUGAUUAUGUUUCUCAGGCUGUUCUUGAUGCAGGGUUGCCAUCUACGUCUGUCGGGGAUUUCGUCAAAGCCAUUGCAGCUGGAGAUGAAUCAGCACUUAGCAGCGUCGCGGGUGUUGACAUUGGAAUUCUCUCAGCGGGGACAAACGCCGCUAAGCAGGCUUUUGCGGAUAGUUUAAGAGUGGUAUAUAUCAUUGCAGCUCCGUUCGGGCUGCUCGCCUGUAUUUGCUGCUUCUUUCUGGGUGAUCUGCGCUUGGCUAUGAACUACGCUGUUGAUGCUCCAUUGGAGGCUUUACACCCAAGGUACCAUGUCGGUGGUGAACAGGAAAACAGGGCCUGA